UUGGUCCCAUCCCCGUAUCAGAGAAUUCCCCGUCGGGAAAAGGAUCGGGGCCGUUGACAUCCCUACCGGCCACGCCGCGCUUGCCACCGGAGUGGAAUAGGAUAAAGCGAAAGCCAAAUGCAGGUCGCCGUCACCAUCACCUCCGCCGUCUAUGCGCGCCCGCAUCCGAAGCCCUCAUUGGUCUCCUUCCUCUGUCAGUCGCCUCCUUGCCGCGUCCGCUUCCGCGCUCCCCCCCGCCCGAACCUGAGGGCGACUGCCAUGGCCGCCUCGUCGCAGCCGCUGACGAUCACGCGGCCCGACGACUGGCACCUCCACCUCCGCGACGGCGGCGUCCUCCAGGCCGUGCUUCCCCACAGCGCGAGGCAUUUUGGGAGGGCUAUCAUCAUGCCCAAUUUGAAGCCACCAGUGACCACGACGGCGCGUGCGGUGGAGUACAGAAAGGAGAUCUCGAGGGCGCUGCCGCCCGGGAGCAGCUUUGUGCCACUCAUGACGCUCUACCUCACGGAUAGCACUAGCCCGGAGGAGAUCAAGCUCGCAAGAAAGAGUGGUGUUGUUUUUGCUGUCAAGUUGUAUCCUGCUGGAGCAACUACCAAUUCCCAAGAUGGUGUCACUGAUAUAUUUGGGAAGUGCUUUCAAGUCCUUGAGGAGAUGGUCAGACAGGAAAUGCCUUUGCUUGUUCAUGGAGAAGUCACAGAUCCACAUGUUGAUACCUUUGAUCGUGAGAAGGUUUUCAUUGAUAGAAUAUUAGCACCACUUGUACAAAAACUUCCACAGCUGAAAAUUGUCAUGGAACAUAUCACAACUAUGGAUGCAGUGAAUUUCAUAGAAUCAUGCGAAGAAGGUCAUGUCGCUGCAACAGUAACUCCCCAGCAUCUCCUUCUCAAUAGGAAUGCUUUGUUUCAGGGUGGCUUGCAGCCUCACAACUAUUGCUUGCCAGUGCUGAAAAGAGAGACUCAUAGACAAGCUAUUGUAUCUGCUGUAACAAGUGGGAGUAGACGGUAUUUUCUUGGUACUGACAGCGCUCCCCAUGAUAAAAGGAAUAAAGAAUGUUCUUGUGGAUGUGCAGGAAUAUAUAGCGCUCCUGUUGCUUUGUCUCUUUAUACGAAAGUAUUUGAAGAGGCUGGUGCCCUAGAUAAGCUAGAAGCAUUUACAAGCUUCAAUGGCCCUGAUUUUUAUGGCCUCCCGAGGAACACUUCAAAGAUUGUCCUGAGAAAGAGUGCCUGGAAAGUUCCUGCGACUUAUAGGUAUAGUUCAGGGGAGAUUGUGCCUAUGUUUACCGGCAGCACCCUUGAAUGGCUUCCAUCUGAUCAGCCUGAAGAAUAAGCAAAAAUGCAUUAUUCGACGAUGCAGUCAGGGGGAAUCAACAAGUGGACUAGUUCCAUUUCUCACCGCUUUUCUGUUAGAAUCAGCGUAGCAAACUGUUUUAAGCCAUAUGCUUGCCCCAUCUGGCAUCCUUGAAAGCAAGAUUAGUGAGAAUGGCUUGUUGAGUUGUUAUAUUCAUUUGAUUUGGUUGCAAAUUUGCAAUACAAUUUCUCAGGAGGAGAGAAUGGCACAAUGUAUACUUUUUUAUGGGUGAUCUAGACACCAAAAGCACCCAUAGCAAAUGUAUUUUAUAUAUCAAUCUUACAGUUCCGUCCUCACAAAA